GUCUACAUCCAACUGCUUCCGGGUUGUUGCAUUUUGGGAUAUUAUUUAUUUCCACGCUGAAACAUGACACUUUCAUCGAUUUUUUGACAACUCCCAUUCAUUAAAUACUUACAAUUUACAAUGGAAACGGACUUUGUCUCAGAGGUUGACAGAAAGUUCUUCGCAAACAACAUGCUUUCCAAUGAGGAUUGGGAGGCGAGUAUGGAGUUAACGGAGAUUAUGGAUCUAGACUCCCACUUACCAAACAUGGAUUUCAUCAAUGAUUUUCAAAGUGACAUGCAGUUGCCACAGAAUACAGAUGUGAGCUCGUAUUUCCCAUCAACUACACACGAUGAUCUACUCAAUGACUGGAGUGACAGCUCAGAUAGUGGUGUCAGUGGUUUGUUAAACAGCCAGUCAACAGAUGAAAUUAUCAAGAAAGAACCAUUAUCACCGUCACUAUCCCAUCAUUCUGACAGCUGUGACAGCGGCAUAUCACAGGUUGUAGACGCAUGCCCCAUCAACUAUACAUUAGAUUCACCGCCAGACACCCCGAUCAACUACUCGUCACCUGUAUCACCCGUAGAUCUUACAUUGUUACCAGUGAAAUACGAAAAUAUAUCAUCACCGUCAUCACAUUACAUCACAACUUCAAACAGUAUAAUCGUGCCUCCUGAAGGGUCUGGUGUAAAUAUAGAUACAAUAUUAAACUCGAAAAUUCCAAUCCAGCCGAAACCAGAAAACGGGGAACAAGGAAGCCCUAGAAAAGUUACAUCGCCACCUCUACCUCAAGGAUCUCAACAGAAGUCUCUAGUUCUCACAGCAGAGGAGUUCCAACGUCUCACAAGCCAGGGCGUGCUUAGAUUCCAGCCUCCAAAACAGGAGAGUAUUUUAAAACCGCAGGUGUUGCCGACGACAACAGUAGCCAAGGUCUCGGUACCACAGAGUCUUCCUAUCUGCUCUACAAACAACUAUGUGUGUGAGGAGAAAGGAAAUAAAGCUUUAAAAAGACAGCAGCGUAUGAUCAAGAACAGAGAAUCUGCAAGUCUGUCUCGGAAAAGAAAAAAGGAGUAUAUGUCAUCAUUAGAGAAGAGAUUGAAGGAGUUUUCUGAUGAUAACGAACGAUUACGAAGUGAGAACUCUUCAUUGAAAAGAAAACUUACAGAGCUUCACUCAGAGAACGAGACUUUGAAGAAGACAUUUACAGUGGCCCCCUCGGUGAAGAAAACAAUAGUUCUUGGCUUGUUUGUAAUGCUGAGUCUGAACCUGGGAUCAUGGAGUAAUUUUAUGUUGAUGGAGCGUAAAGUGGAUCUCACAAGUAAACUUAGUCCACAAGUGGUCCAUAAAGGGAGGCAACUGAUGUCUGUACCUGAGGAAGGAGAUAGGUCAUGGUCGUUGAAUUCAGACACGGUCAAUAAGUUGAAUGACCUGAUUUUAGAAUACAGAGGUACAUCUGGCGAUAAGUUCAAUUUAACCGAUGUCCCACCAAUGUGCCCGACAUAUUUUAAUAGGACCGAGUCCAUGAGAUUAGCAGAGCAGUUGGCUGGCUGGAUGUACAGGCAUGAAGAAGAGAAGAAAAAAGUGGUGAAGAAACAUAACAAAAGACAGAAAGAUAAACAAAUACGACCUAUCUCUACAUUAAGUAGAGCUAUGAGAGGUGAUGUUCAUAUUAUGGAUAGAAAAUAUCAAAGGAUGGAUUCAAGGUACCAGUUACAACUGUAUGAGGGGGCAGACACAGGCAGGGAGUUCCUGAAAGCUUUACAUCGAAGAAAUGAUACAUUCUAUGUCCUGUCUUUUGAUGAGGAUUAUUAUCUAGUACCAGCUGUACAGCAUAACAAGACGUCACGUCCCAGAAUGUCACUGGUUAUGCCAGCAGUAGCUCUAAAUGAGUCUAUGAUGCCAGGAGAGGGUCAGGUCGGAAUGAUGCAGAUUGACUGCGAGGUGAUGAACACCCAACUUAUACAUGUACAGAAAACUGCGAUACCACGAGAUGUGCGGGAAAAACAUAACAACACACGGUCGUGGUAUAAAGAAGACUUCCAUCCUUAGAGGGGAAGUAUUGUACAUGCUUGAAGUUUUAGUUGUUCAAAGCAACUUCAGUGGUUUGUGCUUUAAAAGGGACAUAUGUCAUCAAAUGACAAUGUGUGAAGUGAAUUUUAUUUCAUAAUAUAUGGAAACUGUAUAAACUGGGUCGUUUAUUAGUGCUAGGUGAGGUGGUCCAAAGUAAAGAAAAAGUUUGGUUUGGCGUUACUUUCCAGGGAAAAGUACAGAAAUUUAGUGCUGUUAUAUUAUGCUGCCACAAAAAAGGGAGAUAAUUUACACUUGGAUUUAGUUAUAUGUAUAAUUAAGUUUAGAGUUAUCUUUAUUGAAUUAUACAUGUAUAUAUAUA